GUCUGACUUUUUCUUUGGUACAACCCGCGAAAUUCAACUGCCGUUUUCCGAGCUGGGCCUGUUUUUCGCCAUAAAGAAAUAAUCUGACGGAAAAAUCGUCUCUAGAAAAAGCAGUUUGUCAUAAAAAUGUUUUCAUAAGCAGGAAAUAGUGGCGUUUCUUAUAUUAGUUCCAUAAAGUAAGGAGAAUUGACAGUUCUUUUAAGUUUCCCGCUGCAGAUGGCAGCGCUGUAGAUAUCCUUUGAAUACAAUCCGAACCGUUUAUUUUGGUGCGCGCAUGCCCUUAGCAUCUCUUUCGGAUUAGUUUCCAUCUUGAUCACAUGUGAGUAUUUUAUUUUUCUGUAGAAUAAUCAAUAAAUACAAUCAAAACGUUAGUGUUGUGUAGUGGAAAUUCGCCGAAGAAAACCAUCCAGGAUUUAUAGUCUACAGUGCGUGACUCCUGUGUACUUUUUACGCUUGCAAGGUAACUUUUAAUAAGGAACCUACCACAAUGGGCGACAUUGAUGACUCACACUUCGAAACUGGAGACUCUGGGGCCUCCGCAACUUACCCCAUGCAAUGUUCGGCCCUUCGUAAGAACGGUUUCGUUAUGUUAAAAGGUAGACCAUGCAAGAUUGUUGAGAUGUCCACAUCCAAAACUGGAAAACAUGGACAUGCUAAGGUUCACUUGGUGGGCAUCGAUAUAUUUUCAGGCAAAAAAUAUGAAGAUAUAUGCCCAUCCACACACAACAUGGAUGUACCACAUGUAAAACGUGAGGACUAUCAGCUGACUGACAUUUCAGAUGAUGGCUACUUAUCUCUAAUGUCAGACAAUGGUGAUUUACGUGAGGACCUCAAAGUCCCUGAAGGCGAGUUGGGUACCCAACUCAGAGCUGACUAUGACGCUGGCAAAGAUAUCUUAUGCACUGUACUGAAAUCUUGUGGUGAAGAGCCUUGUCUGAGUUUUACCUAGGAUGGGGUUUGAUUGUGGUCAGUAGGUUCUUGUGAUGUCAAUACCACUUUGUGACUGGCUACUGGUGGUGAUUGCAGUAAAGACAAAUACUGCAUUGGACAAAUAAUGGCCGGGUAUAAUGGUGGGGACCAUAAAGUUGAAGAAUAAUAAUAAAAAUAAUAAAUCUAUUUGUCAGUGUCCAUUGGGUUCCCACUUUCAUAUUGUACGACUAUAUACUUGUAUUGGACCACCUUGUCAGUUAUCAACAGCUUACCUACGCGUGAUGCCACACCAUGCAGAAAGAUGUUGUGGUACAUAUAAAAUAAUAUUUUACAUCUUCUCUGUCAUUAUUGUUGGCUGAAAUUUGAUGCAAAAGCUACAAUUUGUUCAAUAAAAUCUAAUUUAAUUUUAUCUCGCUGUAUGUAAAUUUCCUUUGGAUCUUUUAUAAUGACCGUCUUUUUUAGAACCACCUUAUUCUAGAUCACUAUUAUCAACAGACUUUGUAUAUUUGUAUGAAUGAGUUUUGUUUCCAUUAAUAUUUAAUAUUAUUAAUGAUAUAAUUAGGAAUUUGGUGAUUCUAGAUACUUGUUGACUUUACUUUUGAACUAAAUAAACUUAGCAUUUUUUAAAGACUUGUUUUGAUAUUGUUUAGACUAAGUUUUUUUAAAUGAAAAGAUCAAUAAGACAAACUUUGCAGUUUGCCAAUAAUUUUUAUUGGAAUUGGUUAAAUAUAAAAUGAGGAUAUCA